UUCCAAAAAAAAAUUCAAUACAAGUGAAAUAUAAACAGUAAAUGCAAUUUCUUUAUAAAUGGAUCUUGUUUCAUCAACUAGUACAUCAUAACAACCACACCAAUAGCUAGAGUAUAGCUCUCCCUAGUGAAAGUGCUUAGUCAAACUACUUAACAAAAAAUGGGCUCAUUAAUUGAAGUAAAAAAUGAGGCUAAGGUUCAUGUAGUUUGUGUCCCAUUUCCCGCACAAGGUCACAUAAGCCCCAUGUUAAACCUAGCCAAAUUACUCCAUACCAAAGGCAUCCAUAUAACCUUUGUCAAUACCGAGUUUAACCAUAGUCGGUUUCUAAGGUCAAGGGGUCCGAACUUCCUAGAUGGCCUCCCAUCGUCUUUUCGAUUUGAGGCCAUCCCAGAUGGCAUACCACCCUCGGACCCCGAUGCAACCCAAGAUGUCCCAGCCAUGUUCCAUGCUGUUUUAAAUUAUUGUCUUGAGCCUUUCAAGAAACUUCUAGUAAGGCUUAAUGAUGAAGAAGGUACACCUCGUGUCACGUAUAUUUUAUCGGAUUGUAUCAUGCCUUUCACUCAAGAUGCCGCACGAGAGGUUGGGGAUUUGCCUGUGGUUCUUCUAUGGACUGCUAGCGCUUGUGGGUUCUUGGGUUAUGCUCAAUAUCGACCUCUUCUUGAGAAGGGCAUUGUGCCUUUCAAAGAUCCUAAUUUCCUAACAAACGGCUGCUUGGACACGAUUGUUAAUUGGGUCCCUAGCAUGGAAGGCAUACGGUUAAAAGAUAUCCCAAGCUUCAUUAGAACCAUGAAAGAAGAUGAUAUAUUGCUUUAUCUCUUGAUGAUUUCUGUAGAAAAAUCUUGCAAAUCUUCAUCACCAGUAAUUUUCAAUACUUUUGAUGCAUUGGAACAAGAUGUUCUCAACGACAUAUCCAAAAUAAUGGUUGGUCCUACGUACACCAUUGGACCGUUACAUUUUCUAAUAAAACAAAAUAUAAACCAACUUGAAAAUAAUAAUGGUGAUUGUGGGAUCAAGUCUCUAAGGUCUAAUCUUUGGAAAGAGGACAAGCAUUGCCUUCAAUGGCUCGAUUCGAUGAAGCCAAAUUCCGUGCUGUAUGUAAGUUUUGGGAGCAUCACAACCAUGACAAAUGAAAAUCUAGUAGAAUUCGCGUGGGGGCUAGCAAAUAGCAAACACCCGUUUCUAUGGAUAGUUAGACCGGAUAUUGUAACAGGUGAUUCCGCAAUUCUUCCAUCAGAUUUUUUAGUUGAAACGAAAGAUAGGGGGAUGUUAGCUAGUUGGUGUGAUCAAGAAAAGGUGUUAAACCACCAAGCCACGGGUGCUUUCUUAACACAUUGUGGAUGGAACUCGACUCUUGAUACUAUAUGUGGAGGAAAGCCUGUGCUUUGUUGGCCAUUUUUCGCCGAGCAACAAACUAAUUGUUGGUAUUUUUGCAACAAAUGGGGCAUGGGCAUGGAGAUAAACAAAGAUGUUAAGAGGGAUGAGGUUGAGAGGCAAGUGAUUGAGUUAAUGGAAGGUAAAAAGGGUGAAGAAAUGUGUAAGAAUGCAUUGAAGUGGAAAAAAUUGGCAGAAGAAUCAACAAUGCCUACUGGUUCAUCAUGCUUGAAUCUGGAACAAUUGAUGAAUCAAGUGUUUAUUCCACUGAAAAACUGAAAAAAUGACCCUGAUUAGAUUUAUGAAAGUAUUACUUCUAGUUCUUUAUCUUAUUUUUAUGAUAUUGUAUUAAGGUAUGCUUGGAUUAGAGGUAAUUUAAUGAAUUGUGUGUUUGUAUGUAGAGGUGUCAAUUCGGAUA